AUGGCUGACAACAAGGAUGAGUCCCCUAUUUUCAAAAAAUGUUUUGAGAAUAGGGGGAAAGAUAAGAUGGAUGAUUGUGAAGAUGGGGUAGAGGGGGUUGUCAGAGGUAUGUCAGUUAAUCCCUGUAAGGACAACCUUGCUUACCCCAUCUUCAAUGAAAGUUUGAAGUUAAAAAACUCUUCUAUAGAAAAGAAAGAUAGCUAUAACACUAAAAUCGAUUUGUGCUGUGAUUACGAUUUAUUAAAGUUAAUAGGCCAGGGUGGAGCUGCUAAGGUUUUCCUUGCCCGUUCCAAAACAAAUGGGAAGGAAUACGCCGCAAAGGUGAUUCGGAAGCAAUUCCGUGACGACAUAGAGGAUGCCUACAGCAAAAGGCUAAUUCAUAGAGAAAAGUUAGCUUUCAAUAAAACUAAAAAACUCCCAUUUAUGGUUGAGUUAUUCGCCUUCUACCAAACCCCUAUGAAUUACGCCUUCAUCAUGGAGUACGUUGACGGUGGAGACCUCCAUCGUCACCUCCAAAACCAACCUCACCACAAAUUACCCGAGCACCAUGCUCGUUUUUACGCGGCCGAAUUAACCUUAGCACUCCACCAUCUACACAGCAGGGGUAUCAUCCAUCGCGAUGUUAAACCGGAAAAUAUUCUAGUAUGUUUGGAUGGCCAUUUAAAACUUUCUGAUUAUGGUUUAUGCACGGAUAUUUUACCUAGUUUUAUUGAAACACGAAAAUCUCUGCGAGUCGGGACUGUCUACUACAAGGCACCCGAAGUUUUGUUCGAUCCAUAUUAUAGCUAUAGCGUAGAUUGGUGGGCCUUAGGGGUAGUUUUGUUCGAAAUGUUGGUUGGCAAACUCCCCUUUGGCCUAGAAGCCAAGCCCGUUGACAACGAUGACAAAUAUCGUUUACAAGUUAAAUAUGGAAGAGUCAAAAUUCCUCUUUCCAUUUCCUUCAAAGCGUCCUCCAUCAUCAGGGGAUUUCUGACAGAAGAUCCCAACAAAAGAUUAGGCGCAAAUAAAAAUGGAUUUGAAAAUAUAAAGUCACAUAGGGGUUUGGCAUGCUACCACACGGCCAAAAUGAUAGUUAUACCUAGGAAUUUAGAGGAAUGGAUUAAUCCACGUCUAUGGUCCGUGAUAGUAUACCAAUACAGUACAAAUACAAUCCUAGGACUCUUUUUACUGGCGGAAAUAGAUUACUGA